AUGGACAAUGACAUCACUACUCUCUUCCCGAAUGGUCUUCGAAUCAUUGUAGUAGACAACGACGAGCAAACCUUGCGUGAUCUCGUGCAGAAACUUAUAAGCUUUCGAUACAAAGGUAGAGAUCGACAUUGGAUGUAAAGUUUUUCACCUACUGUUUAACUUUAUUCUUCGUCCUCUUCUCUCUCUACUAUCGAUGACAUCGAGGAUCUACGUGGAAGGUAUUUUUGAUUUUCAUUAUACCAUAUUCGUCCUAAACAUUUUUUCUUUCUCCUUGCACAUUUUACUGGCUAGGGCUUUAACCUUGGAUCAUAAUUUUUCAUUUCUUAUCUUCCGUGGAAUCAUUAUUCAGAGGUUAUUUCUGUUCAUGAUGUCUCACCUGUUGCUGAUCUGAAAGUGUUGGUUUUGUCGAUGAGUAUAUCAGCCUUUGGGACUCCAGAGUUAUUAUCCAGAUGAGAACUACUUUUCAAUAUAUUCGGAAAAUCUUCUAUCUAAAAGUUUGUUUAAUUUUAGUGUAUUUUUUUACAUAUAUGGGAAAUGAUGUUAAUAGGAAAGGAAUCUCCAUAUACAAUUUUUUACAUUAUUUUUUUCACAGAAGUUAAUUUUCAUACAAGGUAUUAAACUAGUUGUCAGGCAUAAAAGACAGUUCGAAAAAUAUACCAAUGACAUUAAGGAACUAGGCGACAUGCGACUUCUUUUGAAUUUCGAACAGAGGUCUAAAAAGAGAAAGCUCCCCUUUCGACGUACUCGGAAGGUUUCACAUAUCCCAAUUUUGCCCAAGCUUCAACUGUGUGCUUAAGGCAUAUCCACCCCUACUUGUCCUACUAUGAUUUAGUUAAUGUCUUUCUUUCAUUUUUAAUACUUUUUUAAUGCACUAAAAUGGUCUGGAAAGGCCAAUACAACUCUUUGAUAAGAUUUUAAAUGAAUAGAGUAAAGGUUGUUGUUGGUUGAAUACUAAGGUAAAAACUUUAUCUUGUAACACAUUUUAAUUUGGGAAAAAAUAUUUAUUUAUUCACCAUUAAUUUAAUUAUAUGUAUUUUUUAUAUUUACUUUUAGCAUAUAACAUCAUUCUUUAUUUUGAGAGAUCAUAUAAAAUGAAUUCAUAUUUAAAAUAAUGUUGAUAAUGAGGCAAAAAGUGUCUCUAGUUCACUCCUAACACUACCAUGCACAGAUCAAUAAGAAAAAUAUCCAAAUUUACAUGUCUUAUUAGUUUUCCAUGGAGACAAUUUUUUUUUUCUAUGUGUAAUCAUAAAAAAAGAUUAAUUACUUCUAAACAUGUCACUUUAAGAUAUUUUCAUAGAAAGAUGCCUUCUAAACUUGCUAAUGGUUUGAUGCUUUAAUCUUAUAGUGGGUACUAAUGAAAUUGUAACUUUCAAUAUUUUUCAAUAUUUACUUGAAUUAAAAGGCAGGAAACACAAAAACUUGGUUCAUUUAAGAAGAAUGGGAAGUUAUUUAGAUUUUUUUUCAUGAUUCUGCCUUUGGAAGAUUUUAAUCUAUGUUUGAGACACAUGAACAAAAGUUGACAUGUGAAUAAUUUCAACUCAUGCAAAUAUAUUUACUAUUAAAUAAAACAAACGGUCAACUCAUCAGGUAAAGAGCAACUUUGAAAAAAAGAAAAGUGCUCAAGUCAUCACAUUGAAAAGACUUCUAGUGUGAGAAGAAACAUAGUAGUUAUAUCUUCAAAAUUCUUGAAAACAUUACAUUCUACUUCUAUUGAGGGGAAGAUCCAUAGCAGAAUUGAAAAUAAUACGUAAUCAUAAGGUUCAUCAUCAAAGUAAACUUUAAUGCUGACCUGAUUUCAUUUAGUGACUGCAUGUUCCAAGGCAAGCUGUGCAUUGAAGGUUCUAAAAAAUGCUGAAGAACGAAUUGAUUUAGUCAUCACUGAAGUUAGGAUGCCUGAUAUUGAUGGAUUCUCUCUUCUUCAGCAUGUCAAGAUGGAAUUUAACAUCCCAGUAAUCAGUAAGUUCACUGCCUAAAGGACCUAUUUACUUCUGUCCACAGCUAUACUGACUUUAGUACUAUGAUAUAGUGAUGUCAUGUACAAGGGGACAUGAUCUGGCAGUUGAAUGCCUCGUUGCUGGGGCUACAUUUUACCACCAAAAACCAAUGGACCUUUCUACUGUUGGUACAAUUUGGCAGCAUGUUACCCUUGUUGGGCCUAUGACACCACCAUCAACAAUAGUUAAGAAGACUACAGAAGAUGAACAAGAUGACGAAGAAGAGGAAGAUAGCAUUAAAAUAGAUAAAAAAGUUGAAAGAAAGAAGCAAAAAGUGUCAUGGAACCAUGAUUUGCAUAUGCAGUUCCUAGAUGCAGUGGAUAGAUUAGGCAUCAAACGUGAGUUCCAUUUCUACGUUGGCCAUUUCAGAUUGAUUUGGUCAAUUCUAUUGCUUGUUAGUUAUAUCCUUGUAUAUACUAAAGGUUUAUCUCAACCCACCUCCACUUUCUCGCAGAGGCAACCCCAAAGAAAAUACUACAGUUGA